CUGGUUUGACUUUGAUUGUGACUGCUGCACCCAAACAACACUUUGAGUCAUACCGCUGUCACUGCUGUUUACUUAUCCAAAUAUCACUCCGACUGGACCCGGCUGACUGGAAAACACAGCUAUGUGCAGCUGUGUGCGGAGCUCCAGGGCUCUGUCCCCUGUCCUGCUCCCCAGGCUGCUGCUUCCCCAGACGGGGUACAGGUUGGCCAGUAGGGGCCUCUGGACCUCCCCCCAGUGUCUGACUGUCAGCGGAGACUCCCAGCUGCUCCCCCUGCCCAGCCAGGCCCGGGUUGUGAUCUGUGGAGGAGGUAUUGUGGGAACAUCAGUGGCCUACCACCUGGCCAAACUGGGCUGGACUGAUAUUGUGCUACUUGAACAGGGCAGACUUGGUGCAGGAACAACCAGACUGUGUGCCGGCAUUGUCAGCGUGGCCAAACCUAUUUCCAUUGAGUGUCAAAUGGCUAACUACUCCAACAGUCUUUACCAGCAGCUGGAAGAGGAGACGGGGGUUAAAACAGGUUAUGUGAAGACUGGGUCUUUGUGUCUGGCGCAAAAUCAGGAUCGCUUCAUCUCCCUUAAGCGCUUGGCAUCAAGACUCAAGGUAAUGGGGAUCAGCUGUAACAUCAUUAAACCUAAAGAGGUGGCCAAACUUCACCCUCUCAUUAACAUUCAUGAUCUGGUGGGGGCGCUCCACCUCCCUGGGGAUGCUGUGGUUUCUCCGCCUGAAGUUAACCAUGCCCUGGCUGUGGCUGCUGCUGGACAAGGAGUUCAGAUCCUGGAGCGAACCAGUGUUCAGCAGGUUCUGGUACAGAAGGGACAAGUCAUGGCUGUGGAGACUGACCGUGGCUCCAUUGAGUGUGAAUAUUUUGUCAACUGUGCUGGACAGUGGGCUUACGAGCUGGGCCAAGCUAGUGAGACGAAGGUGUCGGUUCCUCUUCAUGGCUGUGAACACUUCUACCUCCUCACCAAACCUCUUCAAGAGCCACUUUCACCCAGCGCUCCAGUGGUGAUCGACAUGGACGGCAGGAUAUAUGCACGGCCGUGGCAGGGAGGCCUUCUGUCAGGAGGCUUUGAGAAGAACCCCAAACCCAUCUUCACUGAGGGCCGCAACCAGCUCGAGAUCCAGAACAUGCAGGAGGACUGGGAUCACUUUGAGCCAAUGCUCAGUGCCCUGCUGAGGAGAAUGCCAGGUCUCGAGUCAGCUGAGAUCCAUCAGUUGGUCAACUGUCCAGAGUCCUUCACUCCUGACAUGCGCUGUCUGAUGGGGGAGACGCCGGGUGUGUCAGGCUACUAUGUGCUUGCAGGGAUGAACUCCUCGGGCCUGGCCUUUGCAGGAGGAGCUGGCAAGUACCUGGCGGAGUGGAUGUCCUACGGCUACCCCACUGCCAAUGUCUGGCCACUGGACAUAAAACGCUUUGGCAACCUGCAGAGCAGUCGAACUUUCCUGCGACACAGAGUGAUGGAAGUCAUGCCCUUGCUGUAUGAACUGAAGGUUCCACGGUGGGACUUUCAGACCGGGCGUCAGCUGAGGACCAGUCCUCUCUAUGACCGUCUGGACACCCAGGGGGCUCGAUGGAUGGAGAAACAUGGCUUUGAAAGGCCCAAAUACUUUGUUCCUCCAGGAAAAGAUCUGCUGUCUCUGGACCAGAGUAAGACCUUUUACAAGCCAGACUGGUUCGACAUUGUUGGAGCAGAAGUGAAAUGCUGCAAAGAGGCAGUCUGCGUCAUCGACAUGUCCUCCUUCACCAAGUUUGAACUGACUUCAACAGGGGACCAGUCUUUGGAAGUGCUGCAACACCUGUGUGCCAAUGACCUGGAUGUUCCUGUUGGACACAUCGUCCACACCGGCAUGCUGAAUGAGAGGGGAGGCUAUGAGAACGACUGCAGUGUGGUCCGCCUCAGCAAGAACAGCUUCUUCAUCGUCUCUCCGACAGACCAGCAGGUCCACUGUUGGUCCUGGAUAAAGAAACACAUGCCCAAUGACCCACACCUCCAUCUAGAGGAUGUCAGCUGGAAGUACACGGCUUUAAAUCUGAUUGGACCACGUGCAAUGGAUGUUCUGGCUGAGCUGUCCUAUGUUUCCAUGACCCCUGACCACUUCCCCUCCAUGUUCUGUAAGGAGAUGAGUGUGGGCUAUGCCAAUGGGAUCAGAGUGAUGAGUAUGACCCACACUGGAGAACCAGGCUUCAUGCUCUACAUCCCAAUAGAGUACGCGUUGCACGUGUACAAUGAAGUGAUGUCGGUGGGUCAGAAGUACGGCAUUCGUAACGCAGGGUACUACGCACUGAGGAGCCUACGCAUAGAGAAGUUCUUUGCCUUCUGGGGGCAGGACCUCGACGCCUUCACAACCCCGCUGGAAUGUGGACGAGAGUUCAGGGUCAAAUUUGACAAGGACACCGAUUUUCUUGGUCGUGAGUCAUUGCUGCAGCAGCGCCAGGACGGUGUGUCUCGACGCUUCGUCAUGCUGGUGCUAGAAGACCACGACACUGAGCUGGACCUGUGGCCGUGGUGGGGUGAGCCCAUCUACCGUAACGGUCUGCUGGCUGGGACGACCACCAGCAGCGCCUACAGCUACACUCUGGAGCGCCACGUCUGCCUGGGCUUCGUGUCUCCACCUCCAGGCCCCGAGGGGCUUCCCACACCCAUCACUCCUGACUUUAUCAACCGUGGGGACUACGAGGUGGACAUUGCUGGACAGCGCUACCCGGCCAAAGCCAAACUCUACCCCUUCAGCUCCCUCUUCACCCAACAAAAGCGCCGCAAGGACGACAUGGAGCUCAGCAACCUCCAGGGGAAGUGAUGCAGAGUAAUAGAAAACCUUCCUCGUGACACUCCUUCAGUUCACCAAAUCCACUCCUGCUCUUACCUCGCAGUGCCAACAUUUCCUCCCCUGUUAUCGCUCCUAAUGAGAGGGCUGUAUGCACAAUCACUCCUUGUCUCGCUAAUAUUUAAUUUCCAUGUUGCAUCUCCCUCUUUCAAAGUGCAAUAUUUAAGAGGCACCAAAUGCUUGAGUUGUAUCAGAAACAAGCUCCUUUCUCAUCAGAUUCUGCAGUUGUUUUUCAGCUCCGCCCUGCUUCACCCUAAAACACAGUCCACACAGUCUCAUGGCUGCUGUACUGACAGUCCAUGGUCAAGUGCCUUUGUCAAGGCAAAAUCAACACUAGCUGUUGAGGACUUCUCACUUUGUUCACUUUAACGAUGGGAUUUUUGACCGACAAUCUUCUCCAUUAGUGUUCCAGACAUUGUACAGCUUCCACACUGCACUGCACACUCCGCUGUCUGGAUGAGUGUCAAAGAACUGUCAUCGCUGAUGUGCAAAUGCUUACACAGUCAGUGUAGUUGUUGGCUCUGUUGUCAUUCUACAAACUCUAAGUUUGCUGCUGUAAAGGAUAUGAGCAAUGUGAUGUAAAGAGUGAUGUGGUCUAAUUCAGACACUUUAUACUUCGCACUACAUUAUAUCUGACCAUGAAGGAAAACAUCCUUUUCAGACAAGACAGAAAGGUCCAGAAAGCAUUAAGGAGCCUGGAUUAAUAAUUAGUAAGCCUGUGUUGUGUGUGCCGCCAGUCACUCCUCUUUCAGUCGUGUUUAAAAGGCUUCCCAGGCUUUCCCAAAAGCCCCAAAGUAAAGCAAAACAGCUUGUUUUCCCUUGAUAGUGUCUUUAUCAUCAGCUGUAAGCUGCUCUUGUGUUUUUGCCGUGUGUGGAGCUCGUGGUAAUGUAUUUACCGUAAUAUAACCUGACCUGUUAUUUAUGUUUUUGUGGUCGUUUUGAAGCAUCGUUGCACUUUUGAUGCUCCAGUUUAGUUUCACUGAUGUUUUGUUGAAUGUGUGGCUCAUGGUAGGUGAACUAUAGAUGAGGGAAACUAAGAUAGGAGAGAAGAUCUGCGACUAGACCUGUAAUCCCAGACUUGUUUGGAGUCCGUGAUAUCUUACAUUGGUGAUUUGAGCUUGUCUGAUCCAGAGUUUAGAUGUUUGUGUAAAGAAAGAACUUCACUCCGAUUUCAAAUAAAACUAUGUAUUUUUGUAUA